ACCAAAAACAGCACGUCUCAUGUCGUCAUCAUCAUCAUCAUCCUCUUCAAUGACCCUCUUUGUUCUUUUGCAUAUAAAAGUUCAAAACUUCCUCUCUUUCUAAGAAAAGCUUAUCCAGCCUGCCCUCAAGCCGCCCUGCCCAUUUCUCUGUUCUUGUUCUGCUUUAAUCCACAGAGCAAGAUUAACAGUAAAAGAUCAAAAAGUUCGAUUUUUUGUUGUUUUUGUGAUGAUGGGUAAGUUUCAGGAGGGAUUUGCUUCCUUAUUCAAUAACAGAUGGUUGGUUUUUGUGGCUGCAAUGUGGAUACAAUCAUGUGCGGGUGUUGGGUAUUUGUUUGGGAGUAUUUCACCAGUUAUAAAGAGCUCGUUGAACUAUAAUCAGAGGCAGCUUGCUAGUUUGGGUGUGGCUAAGGAUCUUGGGGACAGUGUUGGAUUCUUGGCUGGGAGUUUGUCUGAAAUCUUGCCUUUAUGGGGUGCUUUGCUUGUUGGUGCUUUGCAGAAUCUAAUUGGCUACGCAUGGGUUUGGCUUGUUGUUACUGGUCGAGCUCCUGUUUUGCCUUUGUGGGCUAUGUGCAUUCUUAUAUUUAUUGCGAACAAUGGUGAAACCUACUUCAAUACAGCUGCUCUGGUUUCAUGUGUACAAAACUUUCCGAAAAGCCGGGGUCCUGUUGUGGGAAUACUCAAAGGCUUUGCUGGUUUAAGUGGUGCAAUUUUGACCCAAAUAUAUACAAUGAUCCAUUCCCCUAACCAUGCAUCUCUCAUAUUCAUGGUUGCAGUAGGGCCGACAAUGGUAGUCAUUGCUCUAAUGUUCAUCGUAAGACCUGUUGGAGGUCACAGACAAGUCAGACCAUCUGAUAGCACGAGCUUUACGUUUGUAUAUAGCGUGUGUCUACUUUUGGCAGCUUACUUGAUGGGGGUCAUGCUUCUUGAAGAUCUAGUUGAUUUGAGCCACACUGUUAUCAUAAUUUUUACAGUUGUUUUGUUUGUUCUCAUCUUGCUUCCCAUUGUGAUUCCUAUUUCAUUGACCUUUUUCCAAGAACCUAAAGAUCCAGCAGAAGAGACACUAUUACCCGAGUCACAGAGACAAGAAGCUGGAAGAUCUGAACCGGGUACACCUGAGGUAAUAUUCAGUGAGGUAGAAGAUGAGAAGCCUAAGGAAGUAGACUUGCUUCCAGCAUCAGAGAGGCAAAAGCGAAUUGCGCAGUUGCAGGCCAAAUUAUUCCAAGCAGCUGCAGAAGGAGCAGUCAGGAUCAAAAGGAGAAGAGGUCCGCAUAGAGGUGAGGAUUUCACCUUGAUGCAGGCAUUGAUCAAGGCAGAUUUUUGGCUUAUUUUUAUCUCACUUUUAUUGGGUUCUGGAUCUGGGCUGACUGUGAUUGAUAACCUGGGUCAAAUGAGCCAAUCUCUUGGGUAUGAUAAUACACAUAUAUUUGUGUCCAUGAUCAGCAUCUGGAACUUUCUUGGCCGUAUCGGUGGGGGUUAUUUUUCUGAGAUUAUCGUAAGGGAUUAUGCUUAUCCGAGGCCAGUGGCAAUGGCUGUUGCACAAUUUAUUAUGGCUAUUGGCCAUGUGUUCUUUGCUUUUGGGUGGCCUGGGGCAAUGUACAUUGGUACUUUACUGAUUGGCUUAGGCUAUGGAGCUCAUUGGGCAAUUGUGCCAGCCGCGGCUUCAGAGUUGUUUGGAUUGAAAAAGUUUGGUGCUUUGUACAAUUUCCUCACUCUAGCAAAUCCUGCAGGUUCUCUUGUCUUCUCUGGUCUAAUUGCAAGCAGCAUUUACGACCGAGAAGCCGAAAGGCAGGCUCAUGAGCAUCAUCAUCACCACAAGUGGAAUCCAGCAUUAGCGUCUUCGCACCUCCGUCUCGAUGACCCACUGAAAUGUGAAGGUGCCAUAUGCUACUUCCUUACUUCCAUGAUUAUGUCUGCAUUUUGCAUAUUUGCAGUUGUCUUGAGCAUGAUUCUUGUGCAUCGGACGAAGGUCGUCUACGCGAACCUCUAUGGAAAAUCUCGUACUUGAUCUUAACGAGAACUAAACCAGGCUCUUAUGGAGUUCUUCAUCCAUUUACUGUGGUGUUUGUAUACUCCAUGCAAGGUUUUGAGAAAUUCUUCAUGUGUUUUUUGAACACAUUACUAAAAAGACAGAAAGUGAAGCACACUCCAGAGAAACUGUCAUAUGUAAGUCUCUGGUUUUUUUUUUUUUUUUUUGUACUAUUUAUUUAUAAAAUAUGUAACCUGAGUGCUGCCAUUUAGUCACAGGAGAUUAGCUUUGGAAUGUUGAAAUGUUGUAUAUUUUUGUAAUAUUCUAUUUGAAUAAUCCAUUAAUUAUUUUUGGUUCA